AUGCGGUCAACCCAGGCAAAACUUUCUCUGCUUCGUUCCUUUAUCGGCUUCUCCGUCUUUGUCAAGCUCCUUUUUACGGGGCUAGGCAUAGACAAUGCCAUAACUACGUCGAAGAAUACAUCUUUCCAGGCCAGUGGCAGGCGUCGUUUCAUGGAUACGAGUGCUCCUUAA